GAUACGGUGAGAAGGUAGCAGGGAACCGGCGUGGUGAUCUACGCUUCUGUUCCGCCGACUGGAAUAUGGAUAGAAGUGUAGAUUCCAUCGGUAGUUGUUCGCUCGAUGUAGAUGCCGAUUCGACCGAUUUUUCAGACACAUCCGGAGAGCUUAACUUCCUAACGCCCAUUUCUGGCAAGGAUAUUACGCGCGAGUUCACCGCCGGAAUUAAGGAGCGCUGCAUGCUACCGGUGAUCAACUGCCAAGCGGUCACGAGCGUCCUGGAUCCGGUAACCGGUCACAUCAGCACCGUCCUAACGACGACCGCCUCCUCUCAGCAUCCUCCGUGCCCUUCCACCCAACCACUGCUCGGUGGGGGUGAUACGUCCCCAACCGCACCGGCAUCGAACAAGAAGCCAAGCUAUCUGAACCUGGCCUGCUGCGUUAAUGGCUACUCGAACCUGACGACGUACGAUUCAAAGCUUCGGCAGGAUAUAAACAAGUCACGCGAAGUGUCCCCGAGCCGUCCGAUCAUCGCGACGCUGCAUUACAACCGCACGGAUUCGGCCGGUGGUGGUCAUCUACUGACCGCUCCGACGCUUAGCUACGUCAGUAUGAACAACACGAUCAAUAACAACUACAGUGGCACGAUCGGAAGUGGAACGAAUCGAAUGUUUAAGAUGAACGGAUCGGCUGGCACGAAUGGUGCAGGUGGAGGACGAAUGAGGGGAUUAAAUGGACCCGUUUCGCCAUCCAUGGGAGGCGUCACCGACGUAACGGAUAACGCAGGAGUGAAUGGAUUUUUCAACGGUAACGGCAGUUUCCUCGGCGGCGGUGGUACGGCAAUGCGCUCGAAAGUCAUCUCAUCGCAGUCGCAAAUCAGUAGCUUGACACGGGAGGAUUCACAGCUUUUAGCAACACCCAAGAAAAGCUUCAUCCAGCAGCGUGUUGAAAAGCUGUACGGUGCAAGCGAAGGUGUAGUCAUCAAUAAACAGUACUACAGUAGCAGUGAACGCAAGUACCUUAACAACAUCGCCAACGAAAACCAUGGCAAUGGGGCUCCGACCAAUGGUGCUCCGAUGGCCACGACUGGCAAGACAGGUGGUCAAUCGAUGACGAAUGGUAAUGGAGCGACCGGAUCGUUGGCGAAAAACGGUGUCGGAAACGGACACCAUCCGUACGCGUACUCCACGAACGAAUGGAACUCGCUUAUCACGGUGGAUGAGAAUAACCGUCAUAUUAACAGUGAAGAUCAGGACGAAGCAGACCCGGAGAUCGAUGCCUUACCGGUGCUGCGACACUUGCGACCCGAGUUCCGGGCGCAGCUGCAAAUUUUCUCACCGAAAAAAGUACCCAAAGCGUCACCGAAUCGUACCAUGCAGGCGGCGGCGGUCGCCAUGAAUGGAAAUAACAUUCUUCCCAAUGGAACCAGUGCGACGGCAGACAACGUGGCGCACCGUCAUAGCACCAUCCCGGUCAUAAAUGGUAACAACAGACACAGCGAGGUAAUCGAGCGGGAAGAGGGGCACCAGCUAUCGAACGGUAGCACAAAUCGAACGACAACAAAAAGUGCCCGAACGUCGUCACACAUCACCACAAACGCGAAUGGUGCAACGAUAUCAUCAUCAUCCGCGAGCAGCAAUGGUCACCACGCGGUGAUCACGGAGGAAAGCAGCAGCAUCAUCCGUCACCAUAGUAACACCAGCACGCGAACGGUGAAAAGCAACAACGUCAUCGAACAGCAGGAAGAACAACAUCAGACGUCGACUGACGACGGCCGCUGCUAUUCCGGUAGUAUACUAACGCCGGACGUCGCAGCAGUGGAGAAGCAACUGCGCUCGCUGGUAGUGGUGUCUCCACCGGCGGCAGAACGGUGUGUUAGUAGUCAGCAGCAGACGGCUUCCGCCAUCGCGACCGUCGUCGUACCUGACACCGCCGAGGCCGACGUGCUAAAACCGGCGACAGUCGCUAGUGUGAUCGAGAACGGCCAACAGAACGGUGUUGUCGAUAGCAGUAGCAGCAGUGACGUUGAUAGGACCGGACUCGAAAUUGUCGGUGAAGUUGUUGAAGCCGUGCAUUGUGAUAAUAGUACCCCGACGGAGCAGGCAGUGACCACCAACAGUAUGCGUACAACAAACGGUGGCGAAACGACACUAGUAGUAGGCGUCGGAACCACAGUAACGAUGGCUGGCAUCGAUCGUCAUCAACCCCAUCAGCUCCCGGUGGAAGCGGAAGUUGACAAUCGACGUACCAAAUCAACAGUGGAAGAAGUAUUAGGACCAGUGUCAGCAACGAUCAUCGAAGCAACCGCAACCAAUGGUACCGAAAGCAGCAGCAACAACAAUAAUGUGCUCGAUGGAAACUAUUUCCUGCAGAUACUGAAAACCGAGCGCCAUCGACUACAAGCAAUGGCCGACGAGGUGGAGAAAGAGAUCAGUCAGCUGCAGGGCAAUGGCGUCGUCAUUGGUGAGGAUCUGAACGGCUACAUUCUGGUCGCCGUAGGCAAAGCCCGCCUGCUGUGCUCGCAGAAGAUGAAACAGUUUGAAGAUUUGUGCUACACGAAUCUUAACCAAUCGCCUGAUGAAAAGUUCCAAACGACCGGUGAAGAUCUGCGCGGAUUCUGGGACAUGGUGAUGCUGCAGGUGAACAAUGUCGAUGCCACCUUCGUGGAGAUCGAUUCGUUCCGGAAAAAUGGAUGGCGGAAACCAAUUCCAAAGAGUCCACCACAGGCUCGCAAUGGAGCACCUCGCACGACAAAACUGGUGAAACGCCCGUACAAAACGCAGACGAAUGGCGGCGGCGGCGGUACCACCGUGACCGACGGCAGUGCCAACGGUGGUGCGGUUGAGACGAAAAAGGCAUCCGCCGCGUUGGCAGCGGCCAAACGGGAAGCCCAGCGAAAGCAGCUGAUGGAAAUGAAGCGCAAGCAGAAGCUGGCCAACAGUCAACCCCAGCAGGCGGUGGAAAUCUUUGCUCCCUCGGCGCAAGAGGAGGGACAACAGGCGCAGCUCAACGGCGACAGUAAUACCCAACGGACGGCGGUGGACACGAGUUGAUCUCGUUCGCUUUGGCCGAUCCGCUAAUAAGCUCUUUCACCAGGCCACGCUGCCGUCCCGCUUUCCAAUUCCUGAGCAGCGAAACUAGGCUGAACUUGCAAAACCAGGAAAAGAAAGGCAAAGAAUGUGAAGCUGGUGGACAGAAGCGUAAGAUCGAAUCUAGAAGUUAGUGAGAAAACGGGAGAAAAAAUCCGCUCCAUGAGCAACAACUGCCUGCCCAUUUGGCAGGAAAGUAUGAUUGUACAUUAGCACAUACACAGCCACCUCCAGACAGCGAUACCUUCAUAGAACUGAAUCGAUUAUUUCACCCGCGCCAAGAAGCUUCAAGAACUGAGUUGCCUGUAUAUGACCACAAGAAGCAUACGUUUUCCAACGCCGGUGAGAGGUAGCAUGGAUGGUGACGUCGAAGUCGUCCUGAUAGAAUAGAACGAAUAUAGAUGCAUCGGUCACGCUGCUUUGUUCAGGGCACCAAAUCUCACCCUAAAAAUUCCUUCCCGAGAAGCAUAUUCAAUUGCAUUCAUUGUACUUUUGUAGCAUUUUAUUCGAUAUCUUCUUUUAUCCGGCAAUCGGUACACAAAACGAAAAAAAAGCUGAAGGCGGGAGAAAAUAAUCAAUAUUCCACCUUUUGACUUCCGCAAGCGAACAGCGAACACUUCACUACGAACUUGAAUGAAUAGAAACGUACACUCAUUUGUGAUUGUUUUAUACAUUUUUACGGUCGAAUAUUAUUAUUAUUAACGCUAUCCUUAUACAUAUACUUCAUAAGUCCUGAUUUUUUUUACAAGUAACAUUGACACGUUUCGAUUUUUAAGACACUUGAACACAUCCACCUGUGGUGUUGGCCAUCUCGGUCCAGGUGGAUGAUAUUGAUUUGAAUUGACGAAAUGGAACGAAAUUGACGAAGUUUAGAGUCACACGAACACACGAUAGGACAUGAGUGAGCGAAUUCAUGACUAUGACUGAAGGGCAUCUGAGAACUAGGAAGGAUAAGGGACAAUAUAAACAAAGUUAGAUAGGAGAUUACCCCCGGAGGGAGCAUACCAUGGAAAAUUGUAGGGAAGCUGAAAAAAAAGGCCAGAAAACGCUAUUAUCUUUUUUUAUCAAUGAAUCGCUCCAAGGCAAGGAUAAUAAACCAGAAACAUAACAAAGACAAGCUUACAUAGCUCCUAGUGGUUAGCAAUAUAUGGUAUCCUGUGACACACCGACACACCAACACAAGUGUUAACUAUUAAUUUUUACUACGAUCCUAUCUAAACGAAACAUUAUAAAAUAUUGUACGCUAAAGGAAAAUCUAACUAAAACAAAGGAAAAAAUGAAACGAAUUGAAAUGCAA